CUUCCACCUUCACCCUUUCCUUCAACCUUCUCUUUCAAGGCCCGGCGCCACUUUCCCAACCUUCCUUUCUUUCAGAGUCCCGACCUGGUGUCGCUUGCUUCGUUUUUCUUUACGAUUCAAAAACAACUCUCUCUUUUGGAACUUUUCACCACUAUCCUUUUUUAAACAAACACAAACACAUCAAUACAAAACACCGCCAAAAUGGUUCGCUUGUCUGUUGCCGCUCUCUUCACUUGCGCUCUUUCUGUCUACGCCCUCGGCGAUCCUGCUGGUGCCAAGAAUGUCGGAAAUGGCAAGGGUGGUCAAUUUAUUGGCGGAGAGUGCUUGUCCAGUGCUGACUGCGCUUCGACCUGCUGUGCUUUCAUAAGCGGCGGUGGUGUUUGCUCUGGUAUUGGUGCCCAGUUCCAGGCUGGGAAAUCAGGUUGUGGUUUCGGUGACGGUGGUGCUCCUCCUUCUCAGUCCAACGGCGGUGAUUCCAACACGGGUAAUGCCGGUGCCUCUAACGGUGCCGCUGCUGCUCCUGCUGGUUUCGACGCUUCUGUUGGUGAUCCUGCUGGUGCCAAGAACCUCGGCAAUGGCCAGGCCCAGCAGUUUAUUACCGGUGCUUGUCUUAGCAACGCCGACUGUGCUUCCGGAUGCUGCGCUGCUCUUAAGGGUGGUGCCGUCUGCUCUGGUGUCGGUGCUCAGUUCCAGAACGGCAAGCAAGGAUGCGGUUUCUCCAGCAGCGGCGGUUCUUCUUCUGCCGCUCCCCCCGCUAACAACGCCGGCUCUGGCGAUGCCAACAACGCUGCUGCUCCCCCUGCUUCUUCUUCUGCUGCUCCCGCUGGCUUCAACGCUUCUGUUGGAGAUCCCGCCGGUGCCAAGAACCUCGGAAACGGUCAGGGCCAGCAGUUCAUUACCGGAGCCUGCCUCAGCAACGCCGACUGCGCUUCUGGAUGCUGCGCUGCUCUCAACGGUGGCGCCGUCUGCUCUGGUGUUGGUGCUCAGUUCCAGAACGGCAAGCAGGGAUGCGGUUUCUCGGCUGCCAAGCGCAGUGUUGUUGAGCGCUCUCGCAUCGCCCGCCGCUUCCGUGCUUAAGCUAUUGGCAACCCGGUGAUAUCAAACGGUGGCUGGGAUUGAGACAAAUCGAUAGUCAUUAUCUACCUAAUUCUUCCACUGUACAACUAGACCUUAAUAGAUAUUCACUAUCAUUAC